AUGAGUGGUGAUUCUAAUCAUUCUACUUUUAGGCCCAAUGCAAAUGCAAAUGUUGAUGCCAUGAAUGAAUGCGAUGCCCCGCAUGAUCAGUUGAAAGUUGCUCAAGCUAAAGAAAUUGCAGCAAAACUUGCCAUUGAUAAAGUUGAAACUGGUAAAGGCAAAAAUCAAGUUGGGACAUUAAAAAGGGCUGGAGAUACUCGACGGGGUUCUCACUUGGGAUCUAUUUCCAGUUUGAUAAAUAUGUUUGGUACAACUUGUUCAGUCUUAAGUAAUGCCAUCAAUGAUGGAGCCACCUCUACUCAACGUGCAGAUGCAGAUGGAGUUUAUGAUAAGAUUACAUCUUUUGAGUUUGUGUUUAUCUUACAUCUUAUGAGAGAUAUUAAUGAUGAUAUUUGCCAAGCUUCGCAACGUAAAUCCCAAGAUAUAUUGAAUGCAAUGCAUCUACUGUCAACUACAAAAGAACUUGUUCAAAAAUAUAGAGAAGAUGGAUGGAUUCCUUUGUUGGAGAAUGUUCAACUAUUUUGUGAAAAAUAUGACAUAGAUAUUCCUGAUAUGAGUGCUCGUUACACAUCUGAUAAAGGUCGUGCUUGUCACCAAAGAGAUCACAUUACUAUUGAGCAUCAUUUUCGGGUUGAUAUUUUUACAAUUAUAUGUGAUUCUCAAUUGCAAGAAUUGAACAACAGAUUUAAAGAAGAUGUGAUGGAGUUUCUUAUUCUUAGCUUUGCUUUAGAUCCUAGGGAUGACUACUGUUUAUUAAAAAUUGAAGACAUAUGCAAGCUUGCAAAUAAAUUUUAUCCUAAUGACUUUACAGAGCAAGAAAUUCCAUGCAAAAUUGCGAGAUUGACAUCCUUAAACAUCCUGAGUUUUAGCAACUAUUGA